AUGACGACGGCAACGAUAUUUCCCACCUUGACCCGGAUCAAGAAAGAUCCCAAUAUAAACAAAAACGAUGUCCUCUACGCGGAACAAAAUCUACCACUUCAAUACAGAGAUCUUUUGAUGAACAACAGGACAGUAUAUAAGAAAGUAAGAAAGAUACUCGGCCGAUACCCGAUAUUGAGCUCUCCUGCACAGAAAUCUACUUCUACAGAUGUAGAAAGCCCGCAGGAAAUCGAUGGGACUAUCCCUCUAAGUGCCGUUGGAGGACGCAAGAAAAGUCUGAAAAGAACCAGGAAUCAGGAAGUCAGCGAACACGAUGGGGAUGUAACACCGGAGACAACAGGUCAUCCUACGAGAAAAAAGGCUAGGGUAAACGCCGUGGCUCUUGAUCUCAGCGGUCAUAUCAGACUACAAAAAUUCCUCGACAAAUCGAAGCAGGUGGGUCUGCCCGAAAUGCCAAAGGACACCGAAGUCCCAGUCGGCUUCUGGUCGCUCGAUCCGAAUCCCCAAAGGUUGGUGACAGUAGAGAUCCAGAGGACGGGCAGGCUAGGAUUCUUCGUCAGGAAUCUGACCAGACAAGGGAUGGGUAUUGUACCGUCAGACGAAUACGGAACAGCAGCUGACAGCAUGAUGAAGCUGGAAAUGGAAGACGCAAAGAGACUGGUGGACUGGCAUCCAGACUGCAAGAAAGCGGGAGCGGACACAUCAGUAAAGAUGCUGACCAUGUAUGCCUUUGCCUACACCGAAAACAAGGCGGGCCUCAUACCUUGGUCCAGCGGGGCAGACAUUUUCAAUUUCCCGGGCCUGGGAACCGUCUACGAAUUCCUAUCCGGAAGAGCGACGCGGUGGGAGGCAGAGCUGACGUUUGGACGCGGUUGGUCUGACCGACAGGAACUCCUCCUCCGGUGCCUCGGUUUGAUAUGCCAGAUGGAAAACGCAUCCACGCAGGCGAAAUCCUGUUCGGAGAAGAUGUUCGAAAUCUUGGGACACGAUGUCGACCCUGGCGAAAAGGCAGAACGAAUGUUCAAGGUCUUCAAAGAUCUCACCGAAGCCGCUGGGAAACCUUUGAAAUGGGCCUUGAAAGGUCGUGCGAUCAGAUACGAUUCGGUUGAAAUCAAUCAGCAAAUACCCGGUGCACUCCUGCAAGCAGUCAAGGACGACUACAACUGCGCUCCGAAACGGGUAGGACCAGGGUGGAUUCUCAAAAGGCUGCCACGAACCAGACCGCCGCCGCCUGAGCCACAGGAUCGGCCAGCGUAA